GAUGGCUGCCUCCAUGCGACCAGCUUGUCGCUUCAGUACCGGCGAAGCUGUUGGAGGGGCUGCUGUUUAGAAUGGGCAGUUUCCUGCCACCGGCUUUAGGGAAUUUAUAACGCAGCAGCAUUAUUGUUAUUAUUACUCACCAGUUCUGUUCUUCUACUAUGAAGUAGGAAGAAGAAGGCACUAUGGGAGGGAGAUGCAAAUUGUGAGGCGUGUUUAAAUCGGUGUGGGGCGCCUCAUGGGAUAGUCUGGGGAAAGCAGGAACGAAUAAGAGGUUGAGUGGAUUGGAGUGGAGCUUCAUACCCUCCUCAGAGGGCUGGGCCGUGUUGGCUCCGAGUGAGGAGAGUGGUUGCCUUUGACUCCUCCGAAGCGUCCAAGGCAGGCAGUGAAGAUGAUGCGCCCCGCGUUGUUGGCGCCCCUUGCUAGAAGUUGCUCUCGGACUCUCUCGCCGUUCUGGGAAGGAGGAGGGAAGGCGAGGCAGCGGCGCUGCCUCUUCUCUGGCUCUCCUUCGUCGGCUUCUCAUUGGAGCAAAGUGGUCUCUGAAGCGGAGAAGAUCGUGGGCUACCCGACCUCCUUCAUGAGCCUCCGCUGCCUCUUGAGCGACGAACUGAGCAACAUCGCCAUGCAGGUGCGCAAGCUGGUGGGGACCAAUCACCCGUUGCUCAACACCGCCAGGGGUUUUGUGUCUGAUAGCAAGAACAAUCUGCAGAUGAGAGGUCUGGUAGUUUUACUUGUGUCUAAGGCAGCUGGACCCAGCAUAACAACAGAAAAUUCCUUCCAGAAUGACAUGGUCAGUGGGAUAUAUUCCAGACAGCGGACUCUGGCUGAGAUUACGGAGCUGAUCCACACUGCUUUCCUGGUCCAUUGUGGGAUAGUAAACAUUGGUGAACUGACAACCUCAGAUGGCCGUUUGAAGGACAUGCAAUUUGGAAAUAAAAUGGCUGUCCUAAGUGGUGAUUUUCUUCUAGCAAAUGCUUGCACAAACCUUGCUCAACUGCAAAAUACGAAGGUGGUAGAGAUCAUGUCAAGUGCCAUUGGUGAAUUAGUACAAGGGAUAUAUUAUGAAAAUGCAAACUUAACAAAGGAAAAUAAUCUCACUGAUGACAUUGGAAUAUCAACUUGGAAAGAACAGGUUUUCCUGUCCCAUGGUGCCUUGCUGGCAAAGAGCUGCCAAGCUGCAAUGGAACUGGCAAAACAUGACACAAGGAUUCAGAAUAUGGCCUUUAAGUAUGGCAAGCACAUGUCUAUGAGUCAUAAGCUAAAUGUCGACAUUCAGCCUUUUGUUAAUGAAAGUUCUAAAGAUUCUGUGGCCUUCGGUUUAAAUUCUGCUCCUGUAAUCUUGCAUCAAGAGUUCAUUGGAAGAGAAGCCUGGAUUAAACAGAUUAAAGAGGCUCAAGUUAAAGGAAACCUACUAGACUAUAAGAAGUUGCAAGAUGCAAUCAAGGCUGGCAAAGGUGUGACUUCAGCUAUUGACCUGUGCCGUUUCCAUGGAAACAGAGCACUGGAGGCUCUGGAGUGCUUCCCUCCCUCAGAGGCCAGAUCUGCUUUAGAAAACAUUGUUUAUGCCGUGACAAGAUUUUCAUGAUGUACAACUGGAAAAAGAAACUACUGUUAAUUUACAGAAAUGAGCGGAACGCAUCAUAGUUGUGAGAGCCAAAAUCUGCCAUUGCUGAGAAUCUAAAUGUGUCGGUGGCUUUAAAAAAAAUGUGUUUCUGUUCCACUCACCACAUUCCCAAAUGAACAUCUAUCCUUCGGAACUGCUACAAACAAAAUUAGGGAAAAAAGGUCAAACAGUUUUCACUUGUCAUGCCAGAAGCACACUUGAGGCUGCACUGGUAGAAAUAAUUAAUGAGACUCGCUUCUGUGACCUCAGCAAAUGGACAGGAAAUAAGUCCUUAUUGAUUGGACAUAGCCAGGGAUGGCGCCAGUGUGGUGGCCUGUGGUUUUCCUGCACUAGAGAAGACAGAGGGGGGCGUGAAGCUGCAGGUGUCAGGAGGAAUGCUUUCUAAAUCUGCCAGAGAGAGGGCUGUUUAAAACCAGAAUUAAUGUACCAAUUUAUCAACAUGAAGGGCAGCUCGAUGAAUUAGCAGGGGAAAGGAGGGAAUCUUUUAUCUGACUGCAUGCAGCUAUGUCUGCCUACUGUUUCUCUGUGUAUUUAAAUAUGAAAUCACCUUGUGCCUAAUGUGUUGCGUGUUUGGAAGUGUUGCUGAGGGAGCACAUCAGGUAUGGUAAGAGCAUUAGGAUAUUGAUGUGGUUCUGUAUAAAAGAACAAUUUUGAACACAUUUUUGGUAAAGUUUUCAAUUUGGUUCUAGCAAUGGGAUUUUAAACUUCCAGGACAGUGAAGUAUUUGACUUCUGUAUAUCAUUUCAUUUCCUUCAACAAAAACAGAUACUACAUUUUUCUUCGAUUCAGUGAACAUUCUGAUUCUGUUCAUACGAAAUAAAUGCUUCUUCAUAAGUCUGUGCUUCAUUAUUCUGCCAUAAAGGAUUAAGGGAUAGUUCUUCUCCCCCACCCCUCCCCAGUCAGUACAGGAUUUCAUUCCCUGAAUAGAUGUAUAUUACAUGAGAAGUUUUUUAACCUUACUGUGUCAAAUGUUAAAGUCCUAUUACAGAGAGAAUACAAGGUAUAUCAGAAGCCUGGAAUCUGACACUGUCUCUAUUUUGUUCAUAGGAGAUGAUUUUUGUGGUUUGCAUGCUUGCAAUCUGAGAACGUCGUUGACAAGAAGGCUGAGUUUACAUAAAUGAUCCAGAUUGAGACUCAGCUACCUUUCUUCCUUCUGUGGUGUAAUUACAGCCCAAUCUGGAGACAGCUAGCACAGCAAACAGAUUUCAUUACAUUGCUCUCUCAAACACUAAGUGGAGUUAUUUCAGUUAACUUCUUCACACACACACACACACA